GCAGUGAAAACAGUGAAAACUGAUUAAUCACUAUAGGAAAUCAAACGAAUUAUGAAUUAUUACUUAUAGUUAAGAUUUUCUUAUGGUAUAUAUCUUGUUAAUCCGAUAUAAUUAUUGAAUGCAUACAAUAUUAUAAUGAACAGCAACAAAGUAUUAGAAUCAAUACGAAAAAUUUUGAAUUUUUCAAUCAAACGUGGUGGACUUGAUAGAGUUUUGGAAAAGGUGGAUUUAAUAUCAGCUGGAAAUGGUCAAUUAAUUGCUGAGAUGGUUAUUGAAAAACAACAUACUAAUGCAUUUGGUACCCUUCAUGGAGGUUUUACAGCUUCCGCAUUAGAUAUUUUGUCUAGUAUGGCUCUAUUGACUCAUCCACGAGUUGUUGAAAACAUUGAUUCGGUACCUAACAGAGGUGUUUCAGUUGAUAUUCAUGUUUCGUAUUUAAAUUCAGCAAAAAUUGGUGACCGAAUAGUUAUUGAUUCUGAAACUAUUAAACUUGGAAAAAAUUUAGCAUUUUUAAAAGUAACAUUUUUCAGGAAAGAUGAUAAUGUUAUCUUAGCUCAAGGUACACACACUAAGUUUGUAGGAUGAUUUAAAAUAUUUGGUACAUUAUGUAAAAGGGAUGUGUUUGAAAAAUAAAUUUCAUAGUUAUUAUUUAUUAAUAAUAUUAAAAAAUAUAUUUUAGUUCAUAGUCAUUAAUCAAAAUGGUUUCUUUUUUAUACUUACUGUUAGGUUGUUGUAUUGAUUGUUAUUAAAUAUUAAUAACAUAGUUUUUGCCAUUGAUAUCAUAUAGUUUUGUGUUGAAUCUUUUCAAAAUAUAUAUAUUUUAUUAAGUUUA